AUGGAGAUGGAGAGCGCUCACCGCGACGACGACCUCUCGCCGGAGGCGGCGAGGAUGCUCCGCGAGAUGGCGCUGCGGGGUCGCGAGGAGGGAGUGGAGCCCGAUCUGUCGGACGAGCAGCUGCGCUCCAACGACCAGCUCCAGCAAGACGAGAUGUUAGCUCUGGAGGCAAUUUUUGGAGACAAGAUCUGCAUUUUUGGUGAAAAGGCUGGACCGCGAUCUUUCCAGAUUCAGGUGCAUUGUGAAAUUCCAGAUGGCAUCAGUGUAUCCGUAGAACCAUUCCAGGGUGUUGAUGAUGAUGACCCAAAGAGCCAGUUCCUUGAAAACUUCAGUGUCGAGCACUUGGCUCCACUAUCAUUGACAUGCCUCAUGCCUCCAUAG